AGUUCUGAAUUAGUUGUGUUCAUUGUGGUAUUUUACUUGACAACGUUUGAUUCGAAUCGGACAUAGUUUGACCAUUUACUUACUGAUUUAUAAAAUCGAAUCUACCCAACGUUUCAUUAAAUUAUUUGUUUUACUAUUUUGUGAGAAAAAAAUUGAAAACUUUUUCAAAAAUCCAAAUAGUUUGAAAGCAGUCGAAUUUAAUGUCAUAAAAAACAAGUGUGUUUUUAUAACAAUAAUUGAGCAGUAGUUCCGAUAUCAUAUAUACAUUAUCAUUUGGAGAUUUCUGCAAUAAUUUCGAAAUUAAUGAGAUAAAAAGUGAACCGUCCGAUUCGAGUUAGGUCCAUAUCAUUUGUUUCAAGCAUAUUCAAUUUUAAUCAUCAAAAGAUGAGAUUUACAUUCGUAGUCAUGCUCCUAGUUGCGGCUUGUGUCAUUGAUAAAAGUGUUCACGCAUCCAGUGACAAGGAGGAGUUAUUGAUAGAAUAUUCCGGACACGGCAACUUGACUGCCAUUCAAAAACUUAUCGCCGAAGGUGUUGAUAUUAAUGCUCAAAAUUACAUAAAUAGCACAGCACUUCAUGAGGCAGCUCUUUGGGGUCAUGAGAAUGUAGCUCGAGCUCUUAUUGAACAUGGCGCAAAAGUGGAUGCUGAAACCAAUUUAAAAAUCACACCACUACAUGAUGCAGCUUAUCAUGGCCGUGAAAAUGUAGCUCGGGCUCUUAUUGAACAUGGUGCAAAAGUGGAUGCUGAAGACAACAAUAAACAGACACCACUUCAUCGCGCAGCUGCUUGGGGACAUCUGAAUGUGGUUCGAGCGCUCAUCGAACAUGGUGCAAACGUGAAUGCUGAAGACAACGAAAAAACGACACCACUUCAUUUAGCAGCUGCUAGGACGGCAAGUGGUUCGGAGGAUAUAGUCCGAGCUCUUAUCGAACAUGGGGCAGAAAUAGAUGCUGAAGACGAAUCUGAAAGGACACCCCGUAAAACAGCCGAAAUAUGGGGUAAUACGAAAGUGGCCCAAAUUCUGAAGGAAGCUGAAGACAAACCAAAAAUGUGAAUAUAAAUGAAGCGGAUAGAGUAUGCUGCAGUGUUAUGUUGCAGAAUAUAAUUUUUACAUUAUGCAUAUGCGAUUCGCUCAAAUGUUUUUUUUUACCUCUGUAUGCUUCAAAUGUACAAUGCAAGAGCUGACAAAUAAUUUUUUCAAUUCAAUUAAUUAAAGAGUACGGUUUGCAUGGUGCAUUAAA